GACGUGAUGUCCCUCUGACGCGCAGAUGCGCCCGCGGUUUAACCCGUUACAGACAAACCCUGGUAUAGGCCUUGAGAAAAUAACCCAGUAGCUGUACAUCAGUCUGUAAGCAGGAUCAGUCAUUUUGAAUUUAAGGUCUGCGGUGUUGUUUGGAAGCUGGAAUAACGCGGAAUCGACGCUUAUUGGCCUCUUGAUGCGCAAAGGUCAGCAUCAGCAUCCUCACUAGCUCUCCAUCCCCAAACUCUCUCUCUCUUUCUCUCUCUCUCUCUCUCUCUCUCUCUCUCUCUCUCUCUCUCUCUCUCUCUCUCUCUCCGCCAUGGGGAACCGAGGCAUGGAGGACCUGAUCCCGCUGGUGAACAGCUUGCAGGACGCCUUCAGCACCAUCGGACAAAGCUGUAAUCUCGACCUGCCGCAGAUAGCCGUGGUGGGAGGUCAGAGCGCCGGAAAGAGCUCCGUGCUGGAGAACUUCGUAGGAAAGGAUUUUCUUCCCCGAGGCUCUGGCAUCGUCACCCGAAGGCCUCUGGUGCUGCAACUCAUGAACUCUAACACAGAGUGGGCUGAGUUUCUUCACUGCAAAGGAAAGAAGUUCACAGAUUUCGAUGAAGUUCGUCAAGAGAUCGAGGCAGAGACAGACCGCGUCACAGGAGCCAAUAAGGGCAUCUCACCAGUUCCUAUCAACCUGAGGGUGUUUUCACCACAUGUGUUGAACCUGACUCUGAUCGAUCUGCCGGGGAUCACCAAGGUGCCCGUAGGAGACCAGCCAGCAGACAUCGAGCAGCAGAUCCGCGACAUGAUCAUGCAAUUCAUCAGCCGAGAGAGCUGCCUCAUCCUCGCUGUCACACCAGCCAACACCGACCUGGCCAAUUCUGACGCGCUCAAACUGGCUAAAGAGGUGGAUCCUCAGGGUCAGAGGACCAUCGGCGUGAUCACUAAACUGGACCUGAUGGAUGAAGGCACUGAUGCUCGAGAUGUUUUGGAGAACAAGCUGCUUCCUCUGCGGCGAGGUUAUAUUGGGGUAGUAAACCGCAGUCAGAAGGACAUUGAAGGAAAGAAGGACAUAAAAGCGGCUCUGGCUGCAGAGAGGAAGUUCUUCCUGUCUCAUCCUUCAUACAGACACCUGGCUGACAGCAUGGGUACACCUCAUCUGCAGAAAGUCCUCAACCAGCAACUGACCAAUCACAUUCGAGACACGCUGCCUGCUUUUCGGAGUAAACUUCAGUCUCAGCUUCUCUCUCUGGACAAAGAAGCAGAGGAAUAUCGUCAUUUCAGACCUGACGAUCCGUCACGCAAGACUAAAGCCCUGCUGCAAAUGGUGCAGCAGUUUGCAGUGGACUUCGAGAAGCGGAUCGAGGGAUCAGGCGAUCAGGUGGAGACUGUUGAGCUGUCGGGAGGAGCCAAGAUCAACCGCAUCUUUCAUGAACGCUUCCCAUUUGAACUGGUCAAGAUGGAGUGUGAUGACAAGGAGAUGCGCCGGGAGAUCAGCUACGCUAUCAAAAACAUCCAUGGCAUCAGGACGGGCCUGUUCACUCCAGACAUGGCGUUUGAGGCGAUAGUAAAGAAACAGAUCGUGAAGCUGAAGGAACCCUGCAUUAAAUGUAUCGACCUGGUCAUUCAAGAGCUCAUCAACACAGUGCGUCAGUGUGCUAAUAAGUUGGGAACGUUCCCCAUGCUGAGGGAGGAGACAGAGCGGAUUGUCACUUCACACAUUCGUGAACGUGAGAGUCGGGCCAAAGAGCAGAUUCUGUUGCUCAUUGAGGUACAGCUUGCAUACAUCAACACCAACCAUGAGGAUUUCAUUGGAUUUGCCAAUGCACAACAGCGGAGCAGCCAAGCGAACAAGACAAGUUCUGCUGGAAACCAGGUCAUUCGCAAAGGAUGGUUGACCAUCAACAACAUCAGCAUCAUGAAAGGAGGAGCUAAGGAGUACUGGUUCGUGCUGACGGCAGAGAGCUUGUCCUGGUUCAAGGAUGAUGAGGAGAAAGAGAAAAAGUACAUGCUGCCUCUGGACAACCUGAAGGUCAGGGAUGUGGAAAAGGGCUUCAUGUCCAGCAAGCACAUGUUUGCCAUCUUCAAUACAGAACAACGAAAUGUCUUCAAGGACAAUCGCUUCCUAGAGCUGGCUUGCAACACGCAGGAAGAGGUGGACAGCUGGAGAGCGUCCCUGCUCCGUGCUGGUGUUUACCCCGAGAAAUCUUCGGUGGAUAGUGAGAGCUCUGGUACCACAGAGAACUUCUCCAUGGAUCCUCAGCUGGAGAGGAAGGUGGAGACUAUCCGGAACCUGGUGGACUCCUACAUGGCCAUCGUCAACAAGUGCAUCCGGGACCUCAUGCCCAAGACCAUCAUGCACCUUAUGAUCAAUAAUGUGAAAGAGUUCAUCAAUGCAGAGCUGCUGGCUCAGCUGUACUCAGCUGGGGACCAGAACACGCUGAUGGAUGAGUCUCAGGAGCAGGUGCAACGUAGGGAUGAGGUGUUGCGGACCCACCACGCGCUGAAGGAGGCAUUAGCCAUCAUCGGAGACAUCUCCACCAGCACCAUCACCACUCCUCUGCCUCCUCCUGUGGACAGCUCCUGGCUUCAGCCUGGUUCUGGAGGCUCCCGCAGAUCUCCUCCUCCAAGCCCCACUGCCCCACGCAGGAUGUCGGCAGGUCAGAGGCCAGCAGGCCGGGGGGCUCCGCCUCCUCCGUCACGCCCAGGGCCUCUUGGUCCCUUCAACAACAGUGGGGAUAGUCCACAGGUUCCCAACCGCCCAAACCGUGCUCCUCCCAGCAUUCCCAGCCGCCGACCCCCACCUUCCCCUACCAGGCAAGUCCCGUAAAGGAGCCCAGCGGGAUUCCUUUCUCCUGGACCAAGCACUCAUACGCUCCUCAGAUCUUAUGUCACACAACCCUCUGAUCCCUGAGCUUCAGCUCCUGCAUGUCCCAGUCUUUAUCUUCAUUGCUUCCAGAUCAUUCCUAGACUCUUGUGUGUGCACAUUAACCCCUGCAGUGCUAGUGUCCAUGUUUAAGCCAUGCUUGUUUCGUGCCGUGUCUCUGUGCCUGCGAUCUGGAUUGGCCAAGCAGGACUCAGAGCGAGUCCUACCCACAAUCCCUAAUGCACACAUGCUCUCUCACUUCAUCUGUGAAAUCCAUAGUAACCAUGCCACACUUGCUGAUCUCGGAUCAGAGCAGGGAGGCUCCUCGUAGUGCAUGUUUUGUUUUUAAGAGUAUAUUUUUAUUUGUGUGUGUGUGUGUGUGUGUGUGUGUGUGCGUUUGCGCUCAGGUGUGUGCGGGUCGUGCUACCUUGCUACGUGAAUAAUAUUUUUAGCGAGAGUGCGUGUGUAUAUUUGUGUAUGUGUGUGUUUACAUCAGUCUCCCCUGAAACAAAAGCCAAUAUGUAAAAUAGUGUGUGUGUGUGUGUGUGAGAGUGUGUGUGUGUGUGUGUGUGUAUCCGAGUUGGAGUUAAGACUAGUCUUUUUAACACACAGAACAGAUGUUCUGAACUGACAAGUUGACUCAAAAUAUACAUUACUUUGACUAAAAUAAUAAAAGAAAUAAAACGGCCAGCAAGCUCUAGGUCUGAUGAUAACUAUCUCAUUGCUAAAGAGUUAAGACUGUUGAUUAAAAUGUUACUGAUAUACAAUUUCUGCAGUACUUCCUGUGAGCUCUUUAAAAAAAAUAAAAAUAAAAGGUCAGAUAUUUUAAUAAAAUGAGUAGCUUGCUGUAAUUCUGAAUCUUGCAGUUGUUAAGGAUUGUACAUGGAUACAUGAGUGACAAGUUAAAGAAAAAAAAAUUAACAAAUGACGAGUGCAGAAGCUUUCAGCUGUUAAGUAUCAUGGUACACUUACCUUUCUGCCAUUCUCUGUGGUACAGUAUGUAUAAAAAACCCAGGAUGAAGUGGAAUGUUAAAUCAAGGGUAAAUGUCAAUGUGAAGGCGUAGAGUUGCUGUAUGGACCGAUCCACAGGGCUCACUGAAUGAUUCAUGAGGAAGAAAACUAUGUCCAUCAUAUGUUGAGCUUUACAGUAACUGCAUCAUACGGUGGCCGGGAAGUGCAAAACAAAUUAACAAAACCCAAACCAAAUUAACAAAACCCAAAACACAUUAACAAAACCCAAACCAAAUUAACAAAACCCAAACCAAAUUAACAAAACCCAAAACACAUUAACAAAACCCAAAACACAUUAACAAAACCCAAACCAAAUUAUCAAAACCCAAACCAAAUUAACAAAACCCAAAACACAUUAACAAAACCCAAAACACAUUAACAAAACCCAAAACACAUUAAUAAAACCCAAACCA